AUGGACACUAGUCCCCCCACUCCUUCUCCCCCAUCGCCCUCUGGGCUUCCCGCCCAAACCCAAACCCAGCUGCAGCACGCGGCUGUCAUCGGCCUCCUCCGGUCUGGUACGACCCCCGGCAGCGGCGACGCGCGACACCUGCAGCAGCUACUCGGUGGGCUCACGACCGAAGUCGCGCGAUUUGACGCGGUCAUCGCUGCGAAGGAAACGGAAAUCUCCCAGGUCAAAGAGGCACGGGAGUCGCUGCAGCGAUAUGCGAGUGCAACGGAGAGUUUGCUCGCGCCCAUCCGCCGUCUGCCGCCCGAAUUGCUGGGCAAGGUCUUCGUCGCGCUGAUUGCGCUGCCGAGUGUCAACGAAACGCGGCUCGAACGGCUUGGUAAUGCCCGCGUGGUGCGCAUUACGGGAGUGUGCUACCUCUGGCACUCGCUCGUGCACAAGACACCGCAGCUGUGGACGAAUAUCCAUGCCAACAUCGACGACAGCGUUCCGCCUGCCCUCGCUGAACAUCUCAUCGCGGUCUCUCUGCAGCGUUCGGCCGGGCUUCCACUUGAUGUGCAUGUCCAGCUGCGGCCGAUGUGGACGCUUGGCUUAUUCCAGACGCUUUUAGACCAAUGCGAGCGUUGGGAGAACGCCGAACUUGCCCUGUCGCACGCGCACGUUGAGCUGCUUUCCGCCGCGCGGCCGCGCUUUCCCCUCCUCGAGACGCUCGACUUGCUCGACAUGUCGUUGACCGGCAUGGAACAACUGGACACUUUCCAACACGCGCCCCUGCUGUCUCAUGUGACCGUGUACGACGACCCGCCGCUCCUCCCAUGGAGUCAGAUUCGCGAGAUCUUCAGCUAUAUCGGCCAUCUUGCGUCCAACGCCGACGAGUUGCAGGGCAUCUUCGGCUUCGUUGGCCACUGCUCUACGUUGUGCACUGUUGUCAUUCCCGAAAUCCACCUCGAUAUGACCACACGGUGGACACUCCCUCCGUCCCCCACCAUCAUUUCUAACGUGGGGGCGUUGCGGAUUGGGAUUUCAAACAUCGACGACGCUGCGCCACCAACUCGUCGUAUCAUCGGGUCGUUGUUGGCCCUCCUCAACCUACCCGAUUUGCGCCAACUCGUCAUCCACAGUGCCUCAGCCACCGCGCUGCUCUGGCCCCAAGAGGCGUUCUCCGCCUUUUGCCUUCGAUCUUCGUCAAUCACCCGGCUACGGCUUGCGGACGUCCUGAUCACGCAUGACGAGCUGAUCGCAUCUCUGCGCAGCCUGUCAGCGCUCCGGGAGCUGGCGCUGGAGGAUGUGCACGACCCGAAGCAUCUUGUGGUUACCGACCAACUGCUCAGCCGGCUUUCUUGGGCCGCGGACGCGGGCAGCGAGUGCCUUGUCCGUGAUCUCCGCUAUAUGUCACUUCGGGCAUUCUUCGAGUGUGCUGAUGCUGCGCUGCUUACGAUGGUCGAAUCACGGGCGCACGUCCACAGGCCGUUCCGACUCGAGGCCACCGUUCUAUCAGCCCAGACGGACGAUCCGAACCAUGCGUCCGCCGUCGCGCUGGCGACGGGCACACGGCUGACAGCGCUCUUCGCUGGCCUCGUCAAGCACGAGGAACUGCAGUUUCAUAUGCUAUAG